AUGAUUAGAGAAGAGGUUGCGGUCAAUGUGCAACGGGAGUUUGAGAAAAGAGAUGCCAUGGAUAAGGGAAAGAAAACUGAAGACAAAAAAGAAGUGGAAGUGACAGGAGAAAUAUUUUACAAAAAGAAGUUCACUUUCAGAGACUUCGAAGUGUGCCACCCACCGGAGUAUCAUGGUGACCGUGAUCCCAUUGUUUGUAGACGAUGGAUAUCGGAGAUCGAAGGGGCAUUCCGCACUAGUCAACGCCCCUCACAUUUGAAAGUUGUAUUUGCGGUGGGUAUGCUUAGAAAUAGUGGAAAGAGAUGGUGGGAUGGUUUGUUGGCGAUCAAGAAAGAAGCAUUGGAUAACGUGGAGUGGCCCGAAUUCAAGGCCAUGUUUUUCAAAGAGUUUAGGUCGAAGGCCGAAGUUACCAAAUUGAGAAGUGAAUCUCUUAAUGACUCCCAAGGAAGUCUAAGCUUGAAUGGAUUUCAAGCUCAAUUCUUGGAUAAGGCACAAUUUUGUCCAGAAUUUCUUGAGAACGAUCAAUUGCUAAAAGAGCAAUUCUAUUUAAAGUUGAGGAAGAGUUUAAGAGAGAAGAUAAGCCUACGUCAAAUGGAUUCUUUCUCCAUGUUCGCGAAUGUGGCCAGAGAUCAUGAAAUUGAACAAUCAAGGGUAGAGGAAAGUGAAUUAAAGAGGAAACCCGAAGACACCAAUUCUCCGAAUAAGAGGUUCAAGCAAGAGGGUAGUUCCGGCAAUAACUCUACAAGGAAGAACAUACCAUUUUGCCGUUAA